AUGGUUAAUGGUCUCUAUGUCUUAAGUCAUAUGAUUGGCUCUAUACAUAACAUUACUAUUGCUAGGAAAAGAAAGAUGUCAUCUAGUACUAAUGAAACUCUCUUAUGGCAUCUUAGGUUGGGUCAUAUUAAUCUAAAUAGGAUUCAAAGAUUGGUAAAUGAUGGACCUUUAAAUGCGUUAGAGGAGGAAUCCAUACUAACUUGUGAAUUUUGUAUAGAAGGAAAGAUGACCAAGAUGCCUUUUAAGGCUAAGGGACUAAGAGCUAAAGAAGUUUUGGAAUUGGUACAUUCCGAUGUUUGUGGAUCCAUUAGUACUCGGGCUGGGGAAGGAUUGAAUUUACAUCCCAACAGUUUUGAUGAUUAUUAA